AUGGGCCAAAUAUAUAUGUAUUUAUUUUUAUUUUAAAAAUCUAUAUCCUAAAUAAUUACAAAUCUUUAUCCUAAAUAAAAGAAUGUCCACGUGAGACACAGGUUAAGUUGAACCAAUGAAAGAAGGGCUUAUCCUAUCUCUUUAUCUUGGCAACACAACACACUGAUACAAAAUCCAUUUCCGCAGAGUGGCACCACUAAUCAACAAACACCACAAAAUCAUGGCAACGUCAUCGUUACAGGCGGCUGCCACCUUCAUGCAGCCCACCAAGGUUGGCCGGAGCAGCGGCGGCAUCCUCCAGUUCCGCCCCGCCCAAGGCGUAGGCAAGGCCUUCGGCGUCGAGCCCUCCGCCGCCAGAUUGACUUGCUCUCUUCAGGAUUUUGCUCAGAAAUGCACCGACGCUGCAAAGAUCGCUGGCUUUGCUCUCGCAACCUCAGCCCUCGUCGUCUCGGGAGCAAAUGCGGAAGGCGUGCCGAAGAGGCUAACCUUCGACGAGAUCCAAAGCAAAACGUACCUAGAAGUGAAAGGCACGGGCACGGCGAACCAGUGCCCGACCAUUGACGGCGGCGUGGACGGGUUCGCCUUCAAGGCGGGCAAGUACAACACGAAGAAGCUGUGCCUGGAGCCCACCUCCUUCACCGUGAAGGCGGAGGGCGUGAGCAAGAACAGCCCCGCCGAGUUCCAGAAGACGAAGCUCAUGACGCGCCUCACCUACACCCUGGACGAGAUCGAGGGCCCCUUGGAGGUCUCCGGUGACGGCACCCUCAAGUUCGAGGAGAAGGACGGCAUCGACUACGCGGCCGUGACGGUGCAGCUCCCCGGGGGCGAGCGCGUGCCCUUCCUCUUCACCAUCAAGAAUCUAGUGGCUUCCGGGAAGCCCGAGAGCUUCAGCGGGGAGUUCCUGGUGCCAUCCUACAGGGGGUCGUCGUUCCUGGACCCCAAGGGCCGAGGGGGCUCCACCGGGUACGACAACGCCGUGGCGCUGCCUGCCGGCGGUCGCGGGGACGAGGAGGAGCUGCAGAAGGAGAACAUCAAGAACGUUGGGUCGCUCACGGGGAACAUAACGCUGAGCGUCACCAAGAGCAAGCCCGAGACGGGAGAGCUCAUCGGAGUGUUUGAGAGCGUUCAGCCCUCGGAUACGGAUUUGGGAUCCAAGGCGCCCAAAGAUGUCAAGAUCCAGGGCAUCUGGUAUGCGCAGCUUGAAUAAUCCUCCCUCCCCCUCCCCCUACCCUAUAUUGCUUUUCUUUUUUCUUCGAGUUUUCUUGUAAUUCAAAAGGGAUGAUUGAACUCCUCGGUUUUAAGAUGCUGUAUAUUAACUAUA